AUGGGCUUCAAAGAGGAAAUCCAUCUAGCACACCAUCAUACACGAUGGGCUGCUUCACAGCCAGACGCUGUGCUCAGCCCAAUCGAAGGAUUCAGAGAGAUCGACAAAGGAGAUUGGAACUCUGGACAUGCAAGUUAUAUCCAAGAUCCGUGGCAGAGUAUCGCCAUCAAGAAGGAGAUGGGUCGUUUUCUUGAGAUAUUAGCUGCUGCCGUUGAUGAUGAGCUCCAGUAUGCCGUUCCUGAGUAUAUCAAGCCUGGGGCUGAUGAUGAGGUUGAUGUUUAUGAGGCUAUGAAGUGUAUUGUAGCUCAAGUCUCGAGUCGAUUCACUGUUGGCCUGCCUCUUUGCCGCAAUAAGGAAUAUCUGAAAGAUUCGCUGGCGUUUGCAGACCUAUUCAUUUUGAAUUCUGGACUGUUGAUCUACACUCCAUCGCUUCUCAAGCCGUUGAUUGGCUUCCUCGUCACAUUGCCAACACGGUACAGACGAUGGAAGAUUCAAAAGCAUAUUCAGCCUCUUUACGAGGAGAGGACCAAGAAACUAUUGAAUCCUGGGCUCUAUGAGAAAGUUGAUGAACCAACAGAUAAUCUGCAGAUGAUGAUGCGUUAUGCCAUCGACAAGCAUGGUAGCCAAGUAUCGCCCUCUCAGAUUUCCGAUCGGCUUUGUCUUGCAAACCUCGCCUCAUUCCAUCAGACUGCUGUUGCUAUCAGCAAUGUUUUGAUCAACAUCUCAGCUUCUGAUGCCGAGUUCAACACGACUGCAAUCAUCCGAAAAGAGAUGGCUGAUGUACUAGCAGAGAGUGGUGGUGUCUUUGACAAAGCAUCGGUCUCCAAGAUGAUUCAAACAGACAGCAUUCUCAGAGAAUCGAUGCGAACACAUGGCUUUGGAAACAGAGCUAUGAUUCGCAAGGUUGUUGCGCCAGAUGGUCUCAAAACUCCAGAUGGUCAUACUCUUCCCAAUGGCUCAACCAUGUCAAUCCUCUCGUAUCCCGUUCAUCAAGACCCUGAUAUCUACGAGAACCCGGAGAAGUUCUAUCCUUUUAGAUUCUCCGAUAUGAGGACUGAACCUGAUGGCAAAGACGCUAACCCAACUCUGUCGUUUGUAUCGACUUCCUCGACCUAUCUUCCUUUUGGACAUGGAAAACAUGCUUGUCCGGGCCGAUUUCUUGUCGAUUUCGAGAUGAAGAUGAUUUUGUAUCAUGUUUUGAGCCGUUUUGAUAUUGAGCUGCUUCCUGAGCAUAAUGGAGUUCGGCCGGAGAGUCAGUGGGUUACAGAGGCUGUUAUGCCGCCUGUUGGCGUUAAGCUGCGAUUUAAGAAGAGAGAAUUCGCAUGA